AUGAGUUCAGCGUAUACAGCAAUUGAAUCAGAUGUCCCCGAGCAAGCACAACAUAAUCCAGCACAAUCUAACACGGCAACUUCUGGAAGAGAUAUAUCUCCUAGUGAAUGGACAUGGUCUCAAAAGUUAAAAGAAUCGUCACAUCCAAUUGCCCUAUUAUUCUACAUUUUCUUCAGGGUGUCACCUAUAUUCAUAUAUUUAUUUGGAACUUUAUUCAUUGGAAUUAUAACAAAGAAGAAUAAAUUCAUUUUACAUUUCAUAAUAAUAGUGCUUUUAGUUUCUGGAGACUUUUGGAAUUUGAAAAACAUAGCCGGUAGAUUAUUAGUAGGGUUAAGAUGGUGGAAUGAAGUAAGUGUUAUUAAGUCGACUAAUGGGGAAUUUGAAAAUGUAUGGGUCUUUGAAACCGCUGAUCCAAAUCGUUAUAUUAACCCAAUUGAUUCUAAGGUAUUUUGGACAUUAUUAUAUAUUCAGCCUGCAGCAUGGGUUGUUUUGGGAUUUUUAGCACUUUUGAAAUUCGAAUUUUUGUACUUAUUGCUAAUAAUUAUUUCAAUUUCUUUGUCGUUGACAAAUGCAAUGGCUUUCACGAAAUGUGAUAAAUUCGGGAAGGCUAACAACUUGGCUACUGAUAUAUUUUCUAGAGCAACUGGUAAUAUUUUUUCUAGAUUAAAUCCAUUUUCUACUUAG